AUGGGAGAACCUGGAGAUAGAAUAGCUGCUUUAUUUACUAAUUUAGAUGCAAAAGAAAUUGAAAGAGGAAUUGUAUGUUAACCAGGGAUAGUAUCAUUAUUAGAAAAUAUAGUUAUUGAUUUUAAGAAAAUUAGUUAUUAUAAAGGAUAAUUGAAGUCUUAGAAUAAAUUUCAUAUCACUUCUGGUCAUUUGACUGUAAUGGGAUAAUUGAAAUUAAUAAUAAGACCAAAGAAUUUAUAAUUAGAAAUAAAUAGCGAAGGAGAAUAUUUAGAAGAUUAUGAAGGUAUAUAUUAAUUAAGAGUAUUAUUAGAUUAUGUAAAAUUUCAAGAAAAGUACAAUUUAUAUGGUGUGUUAUAAUUGGAGAAACCAUUAAUUGCUUCUAUGAAUUCUUUAGUUAUUGCUUCUAAAUUAGAUACUGAUUUAGAAGCUAAUAUAUGUAGAAUUGCAUUUUAUGGAAAUAUUCUACACUCUUAUACAGGUUAAUAAAUAUUUCAAUAGAAUUAUUUAAGAAUUUUCAGAAAGAAGACUAAAAAUGGAAAGGUAGAAAAGGUUAUAGAUAAUUACACUUUACUUAUUAAGGAUUUAUUUAAGAAAGAAACAAAUAUUGCUAAUUAUAUUGGAAAAUUGAUUGUUAUUAAAUAAGGAAAUAUUUAAGGUAAAAUUGAAAGUGCUUUUGGGAAGAGUGGGAAAGUUAAAGUAUUUGUAGAAUCAGGAACUAAUCAAGAGAUGUUAAAUAGUGAUGUUGUUAUGAUUUAUAAAAAAUAUCUAUUUCAUAAAUGA